GAAAGAGAGCAAGUUUAUGUAUGAUUAAUGUUAAUUUGUUCCUUUAGAAAAUAACUUGAUCCAACAUUGAAACAAGUUCGAGUCCCGUGAAAUAGUGGAAAAUAGAAUCUUCUUCUUUCCCAAGCAACAAAGUUAAAAUCUCAAAUCGAAGCCCUAAAAAGUGCAAAUCUUGAAUUGGAGAUGGGUUUUGGUUUAACAAUUGGCGUACUCGGAGUUCUCAUUCUCUCGCAUGCCGCUUACUCUACUAUUCAAUAUAGAGGAUUGUUGAAGAUUACUGAGGAUGAGUUUAAUGGGGCCCCUAUGAAUGUUGUGGUAGAAUUAAUUCUAGGGUUUUUGUUAUGUAUGUAUGCUGGAUUGACUGUUCCUGGAAAUUUCCAAUCUAUUCAUCCAGCUUCUAAGGAAAAUAGGAUCGUUUCUUUAUCGGAGAACUUAGAUUUCAUCAUCUUCAAUCAUCGAGGCAGAGUGGUGCUUUCAGAUUCUAAUAUGAAGCUUAAAUUGUAGAUAUCAUUUGGGAAAUACCUCAAUGCUUCAUUAUGAGGGGGAGUUAGGAAACCAAUCAAAUUUUCAAGCUGGCUAUCUCAUUUUUAGCAUCGAAUUCUUCUGCUUUUCAAACUGCUAUUGUUUCUUACUUUUAUUAUCUCUUUUGUUGCCGCUGAUCCAUAAUAGAUUACAACUUUGGUGUACUAAUCAUGAAAUUUCCCUCUCUUUUUUGAGGUAAAUUUUCGUUUUUUUUAAAGGUCAACAAAUAAUUUAUUGAUGUUCAAGAGCCAAACGGCAUUUACAACAAGAUGAAUCCAUAAAGACAUCCGAUCUCAAAUAUCUAUGUACACAUUUUUUCUAAAAAUUUGUACAAAGAUCAUAAGCUCGAUAAGUUGGUUUACUUCUCCAUUUUGGUUGUGGAAAGUCUUGUAUUUGAUCUUUACCUCGUGCAUCUCACACCCUUUUUCCUCUCCCUUUUUCCUUCUCCU